ACUUAACCAAUUCCCUAAUUACUCUGAUUCUGGAGCAGGUCCUUGAACCAGGACUUUCCUCACUUCACUCAGUGGUUUGAUUUUGCAGAAGUAACCACAACGUCGGACUGUUCCUCAUUUGAUUCUUUUUAUACAAUCCAAACAUACUUGAAAUAGUCAAAUUUGGAUAUUUUUUGUUCUACACUGCCAACUAUUCUUGGUCUUUUAGGGAAUACUUUAUUCGCGUUUAUAUUUUGCAACUUCAACACUCUGGACAGCCGACCCUGCUGCAUUUGAGACUUUGAGCCAGAAUGGAUGAAAUCAGUCGGCUGCUAGGCACCAUAGGGCGCGACCGCUCCAACAGUCUAUGCAGUGAUGACACCCAGUCGACAGGCAGCAAGCUGGCUCUGCGGCAUCGGCUCAACCAGCUGAUGACCUGCGUGGAUGAUUUGGACCCCAAAAAUGAGCUGCAUGACAAAGUGGUCAAAACCCUGGACAACGCUUUCCUCGUCUGUGGCAAGAGAGCCAACAAGCCGAAAAAGGACAGUUUCAGGCUACACAUGGUGACGUGGAACGUGGCCACAGUGGAUCCUCCUGAUGACGUGUCCUUGCUUCUCCAUCUGAACUCCCCAAAGAGCCCAGACCUCUACGUCAUCGGUUUGCAGGAAGUGUACUCAGGGCCAUUGAGAUUCCUGUCGGACACUGUAUUUGAUGACCCAUGGAGUCAUAUGUUCAUGUCCACCUUGGCACCACGGAAAUACGUUAAGGUGUCAUCCAUUAGAAUGCAGGGUCUGCUGCUGCUCUUCUUCUCCAAAAUGGAGCACGUCCCCUUCAUCAGGGACAUCCAGGCCCAGUACACACGCACCGGCAUUUUCGGUUACUGGGGUAACAAAGGUGGCGUGUCUAUCCAUCUGUCUUUCUAUGGCCACCAGCUCUGUUUCCUGAACUGUCACUUGGCCGCUCAUAUGAAAUACGCCACAGAGAGAGUGGAUGAGUUUGAGUACAUCAUGGACACGCAGAUCUUUGACUGCAAAAAGUCUCCAAGGAUUGCUGACCACAGGCUGGUGUUCUGGUUUGGAGACCUCAACUUCCGAAUUCAGGACCACGGCAUGCACUUCGUCCGCUCCUGUAUCAACAAUCAAACCUACAACCUGCUGUGGAGCAAAGACCAGCUGACCAUGAUGAAGAAGAAAGAACAGAUGCUCCAGGAGUUUGAGGAAGGGCCUCUGGACUUUCAACCCACAUACAAGUUUGACUUAAACUCUGAUACCUAUGACAGCAGGCUCUACAGGACAUGGUUUGGCUUUAACGGCAAGAAACGUAAACCCGCCUGGACAGACAGGAUUCUGUGGCGGCUCCGACCCAAAGCCCCGCCCCCUGACGAGCAAGAUGGACUGGAUGCAAAGAAGGUCAGGCAGCUGGAAGAGGAUGAGGAGUAUCCUUUGAAGAUCAGACAGGACUUGUACACCAGCAACAUGGAGUACUGUGUCAGUGACCACAAGCCUGUCAUCGGCAUCUUCACACUGGAGCUGAGGAAGAUGUACAGGACUCCUCUGGUGCGUCUGCAGGCAGAGGGAGACUGGAGCGCAGACAUUGAUGCCAUGGUUCUCUACAGCCCUCUGCAGCCGUUCCCCUCCAGCACAUGGGACUGGAUCGGACUCUAUAAGGUUGGAUUCGCCAGUGUGUCGGACUACAUCACCUACACGUGGGUCAAAGACGACGAAGUGGCCUUCAAUGAAGAAAUCAUACAGGUAUAUGUUGGUAAAGAGGAAAUCCCAGUGCGGGGAGGAGAGUGUGUACUGUGCUACUACAGUAAUACUCUGCAGUGCAUCAUUGGAAUUAGUGAACCCUUCAAGGUCCAUGAGUCCAAGGUAGCCAUUGAAGAAGGCUUGCUGCCUGAGAGGAUCAACGGACUUGACAAAACCAUAGCAAGUGACGACCUUUUCAAGUAAUGGAUCUGGAAUCACCGAUGUGGUAUGAUGUAGACAUGGAUCAGUUUGGGCCCAAAUUGCCCGAACCACAACAGGGCUUUUAAUUGCUGUGUUUCCUAACUUGCAACUGAAGCAGCAGAUUAGGAAGCACUGUCUGUUCACGCUGUUUCACAUCCUCACUGACCUCUCUAAUGCUACCAGUGUGGCUAUUAGUUUUUUACAACCGGUCUCUACAUUCACAUUUGCUCUUCAUAUGUUAACUUUAAGUCAUGCAAAGCUAAAACUGUGAGCAAUCCUUCAUCAACUGACUUAAAAACAUGUCCUCGGAAUGGAAAUUUAAAUUGGCCUAAAUUGAGCAAAGAAGUGCCAGCUUUAUGUUUUGGCCUAAAGCAUAAUACAUCUUAAAAUGACCUACUAUAUUGUGUGAAUAUGAUAAAAGGCUUUAUAUGUUAUAUGUUUGGUUAGUGAGGGAUGGGAGGUAACAGGUUAGACAUAUUGAUUGAACAGAAGGUGAAGUAUGUUGUAGGAUCUGAAACAGUACCUGCUGCUUUGUGCGAUCAGUCGAUAAAAGGAAGCUCUCCGUUUCAGGUUGUGUUAACGGAUCUAAGUAUUUGGGUCUUAGAGCUGCAGUGAUGUGGCUGAAUGAAAAGCUGGAAUGCCGAAUAUUUUAAAUUUGUUUAAAAGGGUGAAAACACCGUUCAAACUUCACCUGACUGCUAUAAUGAUGAAAAGGGAACUGCGAAAUUAGCAAAGCUCAUUGGUCAUGUUGUGUUUGCGUGAAAAACGAGCAAAUCAAUCUUCACUGCACCAAAUAUGAGAUUUGGUAUCCUUGAAGCCAUUCUGUGGAUAUAUACGACUAACUUGCUUGCUCAUGGUGGAGCAGGAACUUAGACAGGAAAUGCCUUCAGUUCAUAUUAAGCUAUAUUUUCCAUUUGUCAUUUCCAUCUGACAUAAAGCUUUGAAGCAAAAAACGUGCUCCUUUCUUUAAGAGACAAUAGUCAGCCAACCCAUGUCAACUAAAACUCUGUUGACGUUUGUACGACCACUAAAGAUACAGUGGCUCAGUCACAGCUCUGACAGAAAUAACACUGUCCUAACUCUAACUUGAACUGUAAGCUGCAAGUAACCAGAGCAUGGUAAGUGAAGAGGAUAAAGGAUAAAAUGGGGGCAAAAAACAGUUUUUCUACAACACAUUUGUAUUAUGCAGUUUUUGGAGAAAUGUUCUGGGCAUUUUAUGCUGUAUUUUGCAGAGUGUUCAAAUUUGGCCCAAUUUUCAGUAGUUUUAAUAGUAGUUGAAUAGUUACUUUGUGUGUUUGGUGGUCCUACAGACAUGGGGGGUAAAGUAAGAUUAUGACAAAUUGAAACUCUUUCAAACUCUAACUGUUGCUUUAACAACAGAAGAUAAUCUGACUCUGUCCUUCUUCCUCUCCUCUUCCUUAUUCUCAUUCAUACGGGACUGAUCUUAAUCUGUGUACUGUCCCUAAAGCAUUGCUGUAGGAUGUAAGAUGGAUCUAUUUGUGGUUUUAAAUGUUUUGUAUUUUAAUGAAAAUAUUCAUAGACGUCACAGAAUAUAUCACUUAGUGUUGUCAAUGGACUGCUGUAGGAAGAGUUUGCAUUUAGAUUUUCUGCUGACAGUAUUUUCAUAUACUUACGUUGUUCCUGGAUACUUGAAAACAUAGCUAUAUGAUAUAACUUUGACUUUUGUGUGGAGCAGAUUACUUGUGGCUUUGCUAUCUCAUUAGCCCACUAGCACCUUGCAGUUAAAACAAAAUAUAUAUGAACCAUUCCCUUUUAUUACUGAUUGUGAUUUCACAGCAAAAUAGAGAAUAUAAAGAUAUAUGUGCACUGUUUAUUGAUAAUUCAUAAGUAUUUAUAGUUUGUCAUGUUGUUAUUAGUGUGUAUUGAGAAAAUCUUUUGUUGUUUUUGUUUAAACAAUAUGGAUUCAGCAAGUGCCUCUGAAAUGCUUGUUGCUUUACAUUUAGUGUACUGUAUUAUGCUGCUCAGUUGUGAUAUCAUAUGUAUCAUUAAUAUUCAUCCGAUUAUUUAUCGUAACAAAGCCUCUUCUUGUUCAUAUUGAUUUGAAAUAUUACUGUUCUAAACUUUCACCUACAUAAAGAUCUGAAUGCUAUUGGCUUGCUGGAAUCAAUUAUAUCAGCCAAUUUAUAUCACUUUUUUUUUUAAACUCAAAAGUGACUUAUUUUCUCAAAUAACAAUGAAAUGUAAUGUACUGUAACAUAAUACCAACAGAUUUAUAGCUUUGCAAAUGCAAAUAUUAAAAAAAAGUCUCACUUCA